GUGGUGAGCAGUGCGCAUGCGCGCGGUGUGGCGCGGAAGUUUGAACUGCGGGCGGUUGGAGUGAGGAAACUUGCUCUCUGUUGCUCUUCAACAUUUGGAGGUUGAUCUGUUUUCUUUCCCCUUUGCAAUGGAGGAUCAGAACCCACGUGACAAAUGAGUGGAAUUCUCUCAACUCAACUGAAAGUCUGAAAAGAUGCAACGAAGACAGAGUUCUAAGCACUCCAAGCGACCUCUGCAAGUUCACCACAGCAAUCAGACUGAUCUCUCUGCAUGGCGAAAAGGAGGGACAGUUGAUACUGAAAAAAGUGCCCAGAAUCGUCAAUCUCUGAGUGAUCAGAAAAAUGACAACGAGCAAGACUCCCUUGAGCAAGCUCUGAGCUACUUUGAGAAAAUUCAAGACCGAGUUUCACUGAAAAAGAGUGAAGUUCUGCAGAAACAUUUGUCUACUAUGGAAAGCAUUGCACUGAAAAGAGGUUUACCCCCUGAAGGAUUUGAUGUAUUGCUAGAUGUGGCACUCAGUGGCAAACUUGCUGAUACAGUGAAUACUCGUUUACUGAAGAGCCUGAUCCCAGCAUCAGCAAUACCAGAAAGUUCUAUUGUUUCUUCUGUAUCUUGGUUCUGUGUCAGCAAAUGUUCAAGCAACAUCCAGCUGCUUUUUCUAAGAUGGCUGAUCACAAUGUUUGACUUCAUUGAUCACAAGGAACAAGUUCAUGCCCUCUAUGGCAUCUUCUUUUCCUUCCUGAAUGAUGAGAAGUUGUGUCCCUACAUCUGCCAUGUGCUCUAUCUGCUGACCAGGAAAGAAAAUGUCAAGCCUUUUCGGGUCAGGCGACUCCUUGAUCUCCAAUCAAAAAUGGGUAUGCAACCUCAUCUACAGGCUCUGCUAUCACUUUAUAAGCUUUUCUGUCCUGAGCUGGUAUCCAUAACCCUUCCUCAGAAGAUGAAGACUUAUUUCAAGAAUGCAGACGGCCCUUGGAAAGCAGCAAUCAACGCUGUGAGGCAAAGAAACCAGGCCAAUUCUACAGUGCCCCAACCACUGCUUUUAGGCACAGCUCAACCUCACUCACGAAAAAGAAAAUGGAAUACCCAGUUGAUUGUACCUGCAAGCAGUGCCAACGCACAGAAUUUAGUAGUGGGUGGGAAAAUGAGCCGUGCUGAUUCAUGCAGUGCUAAUGAAUCUUUUCCAGUGGAGCAGCUGCGGACCUUUCCCCAACUCCUACAAAACAUCCACCGCCUGGAGUUUCCUUCCCAGAUGGGCUCAGUGCUAACAAACCCAUUAUUGCUUCACUACAUGAACUGCAGCAAAGAUGAAUCUGUUUAUCUGAGGCUCUACUAUUGGAUGGGACAGACUCUUCAGGAAGAGUGCACCUGGUGUGUAGUUGAUAAUAACCAGUAUGAAGAAGAAUUCAGAGGCUUCCUGGAAACUGUCUACAAGGCAGAAUGCUUCUUGCAGGAGGGAUUUCCUUCCUGUGAGGAGUUCCUGUACAGGAGUCUUCCUCUCUGGGAUGGUGUUUCCUGCCGAUCGCAAAUCCUCCAACUCGUGAGUUGGAUCCCCCUCAGUACCUUCUCUGAAAUGAAGUCACAACUCUGUGAUCCCCUGGCACAGCUCUUCUUCACAUCGUCCCUUUACUUUAAGUGCAGUGUUCUGGAGAGUCUGAAAGAGCUGUUACAGAACUGGUUAAACUGGCACGUGGUUCAGCUGGAUUCAGAAUCAGAUUCUCAAUUCAGUUCUUUGAAUACCACCCUUUCUGGACUAGUGAAUGGAGUGGCCGAACUGAUCAACUUUGUGGGACGGAUUUCUACUGCUGCAUUGCACUUGGAAAAGAGUCAUACCUUCUUGCUGUACUUCAUCCUGGAUUUCUAUGAGACUGUGUGUGACAUAUAUCUGAAGUACAAACUGCCGUUGCUGAUAAUGCCUCCUGCUGGAGUUUUCUACCCAGCAUUGCUCAGCAUGGAUUCUGUCAACUUAAAUCAGCUCUGCUACAUCAUGUACAGGUACAGAACCAACUUGAUAGCUGCAAAAGAGAACGAGAUGAGUAAAAAGAAAAUACAGCAAUUCAAGUUCAGUAGCCAGACAUAUCAAGAGUAUAACCAGUACAUAAUAGCCAUGGUGGGUUGUCUGUGGACAUCUAGUGCAUUCCAGAAGGAUAAUCAUCCUGAGGGCAUUCGUCUGGAUGAUGAAUUGCUGAAGAAAACUGGAGUGCGGGAAUACAAGAACAGCUUCAAUAUUGUCUACCACCCAGCUCUGAUGUGCUAUGCUGUUGACUUCCUGCAGCAGGCCUGGCCAGAUGAUACCACCUUCAACUUCAAUCUAAUUAAGGGAAAGAAGUGGAACUGGUAUCUGAGAUAUCUCUAUGGGCAAGGUUUAGAGGGCCUGAAGCUCUUCAUUGAAAGCAGUAUCAAUCGUGUUUCCAAGGCCUCUCAAAGUAAAGCAGAGGAUGAGGAUGAGAAAGUGUGACUCUAGGACUUGUUGGAGCCUUUCUGUCAUCUGGAAUAGGGAAACAGAAGAUUAACAGACUGUGUCAGUAGUUCUUCCUUCCUCAGAGGAAAGAAGCAGAGCAAUUAUGCUUGCCUGCAUUUUCAUGCUGGCAUCUGUGUUAGGAAAGCAAAAAUAGAGAAGGAACGUUUAGGCUGUUUUGGUUCACCAGCACUGAAUCCCCUUAUUUCCUGCUGAACUUUUUUAGCCCGAGGCUGCUGAGCUGAUGUGAUAUGUAACAUCCCUGUUUUCCAUCCUCAUUUUAAUUUGCUGGAGUAUCUGAGGGGAAAAAACAUUCUCCAUCUCAAAGCUGCGGUGAGAAGUGCUGCCUCAUUUGGAGGACAUGCUCAUAUGGCCCUCCUCUUUCUUCCCUGACAACUUACACAGUACCGUGAGCAACUGAUUUUGUGCCACACUGGAGGAGUACAUAUUUCCCAGAUCCCUGUUGUGCCAUAUACAUGCUGGCUCAUAACACGAUGGCCAAACUGACCCUCCUGAACUUCGCUUCUGUUACGAGUCUUCCAGAAGAGACUUUGUGAUACCUUUGCUUAUAAUGUCCUUGUAAUGCAGUUGAAGAACUUUGUGCGCUGCUGGUUUGCUGGUGACCUUCAACGGCUGAACAGCAUUGCCACUGGCUCACCACUUCCUAUUGAGAAGCUUUCCUUUUUGUGUUUUUAGUUCUAUAAUGCUGUAUAUUAAAUGUGUACAUAUAUAAUGUAUAUUCUGUAAAAAAUACUUCAAAAAAUGCCAUUUUGAAGGAUCUCUGCUUUUAAAAAAAAAAAGAAAUGCUGCUUCUCGUAUUCUGUUUUAACACUAAAGAGAAGUCAGAUGAGUCUGAACUGAGGUCUCCAAUUAUCUCACCACUAAUGUGGUUGUGAAUGCUCAGAAGGUGAGUGCCAGAGACUUCCUUUCAGUCAGGGAAGGUGCCUGUGUUCUGAAGGGUGUCUGCUGUAUGUAAAUGCAUUUAAAGAUGCUAGUAGCAAAAUGCCAUGUGAUCUACUGAACACUGUAUAGUUAUUGAUCCUUGAGAUCGAUGUUUUCUUAACCUUUGUAAGUGUUUUAUUCAGCAAUAACAGAAUUAUGUUAUGGAAGGCAGUUGUGGCACCACCAGUCCUCUUUUUGUGCUGAGUCUUUAAACAAAUGGUGUACAGUUCUGUUAUUCAGGUGCAUAGGAUGGGCUUUUCAGGUCAUUCUUUCUCAUCUGGACACUUAGUCUCUUUUUCUCUUCCAGGUGUGACUUUCUCUCUACUACCUCUCCACUUACAUGGAAGACUUACAUGGAAGAAUGCAGCUUUUAGGGAGAGAAGUGCUGCUCUCUCCAUUUUUUUUCCUGCUCUUUCUUUACUGUCCAAUGUGGUAAAUUUUGUAGACGACUUUCUAUUACAAGCAUAUGCUCAAAGGUUUGGCUGACCACAGCAUCUGCUCUGAGGACUAAAAUGAAGGUAGUCAAGCUCUGUCAGUUUCCUCGUAAGUUAGAAAAGAAAUCAAUGAUUUGUCCCUAGUGCCCUUUUCUGCCAGUUGUAGUGCUCCUGCCUUGUGUGUGCACUAGGACAGUAUAAUAGAAACUGUCGUAUUUAUUGAUAGGAAGAAUGGGGGAUGAAUUGUCCUUUCAGUCCUCUUGUUCACCUUUCUAAUAGCCAGGUGAGGUGCUUCCCAAAGCUUCAGCUGAGCAGCUGCUUUCCAGAGCCCAACCUCUUUUAACUCCUUUAAGGCUCAGUGGCCUGGGCAUUACACAUCCAGAUGUGGAUGCCUCGGGCUCAAGUUAAGCUGAAUUCCCUUUCUGAAGCCACGUUUGCUCUGUUUAUAUUAAUCGAGGUUUUGUGGGGAGAUAAGUACUUGUACAUCUUUACACAUCGGGCAGUGUUGCUCUUCCUUAGAGUCUGCUUGCUCUGAAGGAGUUAAGUUUCAACCUGUUUUCAGCUGGAAUGAGGAAACUGGUUCCUCUGUGUCCCUGCUUUCUAUUCUCUUGCUGGCCUACUUCCCUCUGCUUGCAUUUUGCAUUCCUAAUGCCAUGAAUAAAUCAGGACCCAAGGAUUUAGAAGGUGGUACAGCUGUAGCCACUCAGAAAAUGGAACCUCUGAGGCUUGCACUGCAGCUCCAACAACUGCCAGUAUGUAUGUUCUGAGCCCCUUAAUAACACUGAACUGGUACCAAAAAUAAAACUCACCUCUGUGCUGUUUUCCACUAA